CGCAACGUCACACAGGGCUGGGGGCUGAUGAGAGAUGUUCUACACUUCACAUGCAACCAGGAGAUCUGAAAAAGGGGUAGAUUGACGGGUUUAUAACUGAAGGGCAAUAAAUAAAAGCUAGAAGGAAAUUAUUCGCUAAAUCUGGAGAAGUUGUUUACAAUUUGUUGUUCCACUUUACGCGCGAGAGAUUAAACUCGUCACCAACUAUUUUAACUCCAUGUGCCUUUUAACUGGAAGAUUAACCAACCAUGAACUCCCACAAACGAUCCGUAACUUCUUUGUAGAAGUUAGAGGCAUAAAAGUGCGACGUGCACCGCUGAGGGCAAAAGGAGCGCGUGGGUAAAACGAUAUUCAAAACCAGUUCAGCAGAGGGAACGGAGGGGUGUUGAGAUUCAAAAUAAAGCGAUACACACCACUGGAGAGACACAUGAAGCCUUCAUAAUUUUAACGGGAUUAACAUAUGGACAUACCUCAAAGAGAAGUGGAUAAACAAAAAUGUUUUAAGUACCAGAGAAAAAGUUUGAAAGAACUUCGGAGCGGAGAUGGAAAAGCGCAACGUGUAGUGGUAUUAGAAACAAAACACUCUUGCAGGAUUUCGAAAACGCUACAUUUGUCGUCAGUCGGUCAAGAAAUCACAAACAUUUAAAUAUCCCCGUCGGUUUGUACAUUUUGGAUAAGAACCAAGAAAAACCUAAAGGUGGAGGACAACUCUGAAAUCACAGCCUAAGAGUAGUGAUCGGAGCUUGCUUUAAAAAACCAUCACUGGGUGCUGAAGAUCUCAAAGGACUGCUACAGACCCAAGCAUCACAUAGCACCGAACCAUUAAGCCGCAAAAGCUAUCAGCUGGUGGUUUUUAUUUUGUAAAGAAAUGCACAAAGUCAGAGGAAAAGAUUUGUUGCUCGGGGUAGUCUUCUUGACACUUUUUCUGGUGCUGGUCAAGGGGUUUCCCACAAAAAAACACAAGAACAGCACCCCAAAGGUCAGAAGCGGCACAUUUUUGGAGAAGGCGAAACCUCAAGCGGCUUCCAGUGAUGGUCUUCAAGAGCUGGAGGCCCUGCUGGAGCACAACCAGGUGAAGAGCGUCCCAUCAUCGCCCCGGCGGCAUAAGAGGCGGUGGUCCCAGCGCCGCUCGGACGGGGUCCUGCCCAAACCAGAACCAGAGGAGGAGGCCGAGCCCUUUGUCCUGGACCUGAAGAACUUCCCUGACCUCGCAAAUGCAGAUCUCAGCUCCCAGAACCCAAACAUUCAGGUGACCAUUGAGGUCGUGGACAACCCUCAGACAGAGAUCGAGAUGGACUUGGCCAAGGAGGGCCGGAACGACUGGUCCCUGUCCUCUGUGGACUGGCUGGGCAACAAGAAGCUGUUCUGGCCCCUGUUCUGGGAGUACCCUGACUCGAGCGAGGACGGGACGGGCCGGAUGAGCCUGGAGGAGGCGGAGGACUACACGCUGGAGUACGACAGCGAGGAGUCCGUCCUGAGCGGCGUGGGCGGGGACUGGGAAGGCCGAUGGAACAAGGGAUGGGACUCCAAGGACACCUACGAAUACGAGGAGGAGGAGGAGUGGAGCGCCUGGUCGCCCUGCAGCGUCACAUGUGGCCAUGGCAACCAAAAGAGGAUCCGGUCCUGUGGCUAUGCCUGCACGGCGACGGAGUCCAGGACCUGCGACCUCGAGCGAUGCCCAGAUGACCUGAACGCUGUGACGGACCUCAUGCCCUACGAGACAGAAAAUGGCACGGAGCCUUUUGAUGCAGACGUUGACAGCUGUGAAAAAUGGCUCAGCUGCAAGAACGACUUCCUCGAGAAGUACCUCCACCAGGUCCUGACGGAGCUCCCCAGCUGCCCUUGCAGCUACCCCUCGGAGGUGGUCUACAGCGCCGUCAACAUCUACGACGAGAAGCUGAAGAAGACGUACCGGUGGCGCGACGCCAGCGGGCCCAAGGAGCGGCUGGACAUCUACAAGCCCUCGGCCAAGUUCUGCGUGCGCUCCAUGCUCUCCUUCGACAGCACCACCCUGGCGGCCCAGCACUGCUGCUACAACGACCACAUGAAGCUGAUCACCCGAGGCAAGGGCGCCGGAGCGCCCAACCUCAUCAGCACCGAGUUCUCUCCCGAGCUCCACUACAAGGUGGACGUCCUGCCCUGGAUUCUGUGCAAGGGGGACUGGAGCCGCUUCCACGCCGUCCGGCCACCCAACAACGGCCUGCAGUGCGUGGAGAACCCCGCGGAGGACGUCUACCUGAACGAGCUGGAGGAGGCCAGGGAGUACUGAGUCAGUCCCUGGAAAGGGGAAACCAAAAUCUCCCUCCGUCCAGUGUCCUGUCAUCCAAAACUAUGAAACGUAUCUCGGCACCAAACGUGGCGAUUUCAACCAUUUUAACUCACUGUGGAAUGCUCAAACACGUCUGUGCACAUGAGUAUCGCAUCUUACUGGCGCGUUGUGUUGGUGACCGAGAGGUGUGGUGGCAGGCUUUUUUUUUUCCUUGAAAGAAGUGACCUACUGCAAGCCAACCUCCACUAAUUUUUUGAGGAAACUAAAGGUGUUGCAGGUAACUGCAGACAUUUUAUAGAUACUAGGCUGGUAAUUUAUUGCUCGAACAUUCUUGGGAUUGGGACAGUGGUUGGGAUGACUUUAACACUGAUGAUGUUCAACAAAACAGAAAUAACACUGGCUUAAAAACUUUGGGAAAUGCCUAAAGCAACAGACUUUGAUGCAAGAGGCACUGCUUCCCUCCAAAUGCUCACUUCACAGAAUCAUAUGUGCUGCUACAAAGAAAAGAGACUUGGGGUGGUCGUGGGUGGUGCGUCUCCAUCUUCUGGAAUGUGGGCGCUGUAUUUAUUUGAUCGUAUGGGCCAUUUUGUUUUUCAAGACUCAAGAUGUUUUACGAAAGGAAUUCCGGACAUGCUGCUAAAAAUGCAAUGAAUUCAAAUUUAAUUUAAUUCUGUUCUCCCAUAUAUAAUGCUUCUUGGAUUGGCUUAGGUCUGGUAUGUAAGAUCAAGCCAGAUAGAUCAAACACAGGCCAGAUUGACCCAAUUCUGCUUUUCAUGGAUGGUUUAAUUUUGGCCAGGCAAUAUUUCUCCAAUUUCAAUUUGGCCCUUAUGUCUAAUCUUGUAUUUUAUAGGCUAGAUUUCAGACCAUAGCUGAAACUUUCAUGUAGGAAAAAAAAAGAUAUAAAAUGAGAAAAUGGGAAAUCAGACUAAAUGUGUGCAGGUUUUACAUGUUUAGGAUCUUAGAUCUACACUCUUUUGUGGCAAGAGAAAAUCUAGUGAGUCAGAACAGAAAGGUAUAUCCAGAAUUAUUGCUAUUUGAGGUGAAGCAGCACUGGGACAUAAUUAUAUCAUCUGAAAAGGUAGUGAAUUAAGUAUUUUGAAGUAGUCUGAUAGAUUGUCUGGGCCUACUGGCACCAAGUUAAAGCUAUGUUUCCAGUGGGAUUUCUCUAUGCUAUCUAAGCUAUAAUUGAGUCCCCUUAGGAUUUUUUUUUUCUUUUAACAAGCUCUGCCUUUGUGCUAAAUGCAGUCCACACACUUGGGAGGGGGUGGGGGAGUUGCGCUUUUCUCUUAAGGUGGGAGGUGACACUGGAAGUAAAAGGAUGGCUUUGUAAACAUGGGAGCACUUUGAACAUUAGUGCUCAUCUCCGAAUCACAAUCAAAGGCUAGCGAUUGUGUAGAAUGUUGUUUUAAGGCCCAAAUCCUCCCUUUCACAGAUUGUGUUUUUUGGUGAGCUGUGUUAUUGAGACAUGUUGACGCGGAACACCAUGAUUUGAGCUUGAAAGGACCGUGUUGACAGAAGCCUGUCCCUUCCAAGAAUAACAGAUAAGCUUUGGUGUCAUUUCACAAGUUAGGGGCUUUCUCCCUGCUGGUGUGCUUUUCUGUGAUAUGGAUCAGGCAAUAUCUAAAGACACACAGACAUAUAGCCUACUAUCUGCCAAAUGCACUGCUUCCGAGAUCCUGUUUAGAUUUGCAAUGGUCAGCAAGGGAUGUUGAGAUCAUGGGAGCUCCAAUCACAAAUAGCUGUUGCAACGAUUCAAAUUGUGCAGCCAUAGUUGGAAAAAUCGAACACAGCUGAAAAAUUGAAAUCGAACUCCAGUGACUGUACCAUAUUCCUUCUGCAUAUGCAUUUGACAUUAUUAAACUUUAAUGAAACACAGUUACCUCUGUCACACAGGUUCGAUUGGUGUUAUUUAGUCAUAUGCUAAUUUGUUCAAUAUAUUCAGGGACUGUUUUGUCAUAAUUAUGUCAAGUACGUGGCUAAAGGAAACCAUAGCAUGCUGGCUAAUGUCUGGCUAACCCAUAUACCUCUCUGUUGUGCAGUCUUCUCUUAAGAUUUUUAGAUAUUUUAUGUUUUAUUCAAUUCUGGUAUUUGGUACUGGUAAUUCUGAGGACACCAGUGCAUUCCUGAUAUAAUCCAGCUAGUCCUGGCCAGUAAUUCUGAGGUAUCCGUUUGCAUUAACUUAGUUGUCUUCUGAAUUGCUUAUGAAUUGACUGCAAAAGCUGGUGUUACCAUCAUUGUGUUUUAAUGAAAUGAAGUUUAACUUUGGAUCCUAACUCUAGAAACAGUGCUCACAUAAGGAGUAUGUUUGCAGAACUAGUAAUGUGCACAAACGUCUAUCAGCAGUAAGCAGUGCUUUAAAACCAUAGUAUUUGUACUACUCUUGAGUGUAUUACGGGAAUGCAUCUGACGAAAUUCAUCAUUGUAUUAUUUCAAGCUUGACGUAAAUAUGAGUAUGGAUUAUUUCUGGUGCUUUUAAGACUUAAAUAAAAAAGUUUAUUCUGUCUGGUAACAUCUUAUCCCAGCUGAUGCACUUUUUCAUAAAUGGUAACCGGUAUCAGGACUCUCUUCCAUCAGAUUUGUUUGAAUGUAUUUUCAUAUCAGCUCACUAAAGGCAUGAAAGACUUGAAUAUGAUUUAGUACGCAUCAGCUGUGAAGAUGUUACUGAAUUCUGUGCACUGUACGCGCACGUUUGGUGUGUGUGUGUGUGUGUGUGUGUGCGUGUGUGCGUGUGUGUGAUGUCUCAGACUAUUACUGACCGCACAACACCUGUGAACUUUUCUUCAUCCUCCUAAUAAGCUUCAUUUUUUCAGGUGCAUUUGGCCGAGAGGCAGGGGUUCAGGGGCAGAGGGUCAGUUGCAGUCAAAUGACACUGUGGAGCAAGGCUCAGAACAGCUCUGAGUGAGAGAGCACACUGUUCCCUGAGCAGGGCAGAGGGGUGGAGGAGGGAAGGGGGGUGGGGAGGGCAAGCUUUCGCAUAACCGUUUUCACUGAUGUUUACUUUGGCCGGUUCUCUUGAAAAGCGAUUGUUUCAAAACCAUUUCCCUGCUUUCCGUGUCACCAGAGAGGUCCGAUACAGCCGCUUUCAAGGUUAGCCAGCAUUGGUGAUCCUCAGAACCGCACAGGGCAGAAUUGGAAAGAUUUUGGGGGGGUUUGAGUUGAUCAUCUGUAUGAUAUAAUUUCACUUGUUUUUCUUUUCACCGGCGGCAGAGACGUACCCCUAAACGGCAGGGUUUGCAUAGCUAUGGUCCGUGAUUAUGUUUUUUUUUUUUUUAAAUCUAAAAAGUUAUUAUUUUGUAUGCAGAUUAUAAGUAUGCAUUCCAGUGCGAUUUUACCACAUAGUCACAUUCAGGUUUCAUGUAGGCCUAAUCCUGUGCUAAAUUUCUAAAAAAGUAAUCUUGGGACAGAAUAACCUGCUUUUUAUUGCAGUACGAAACUGGGGAAUAAUUAUCUAAGAAUUCAAGAAUGCAGGACUGACAAAGUAAAUGGCAGUAUAAAAGCAUAGGAUUAUAUGAAACAGUCCUGCUGGAUUAUUUUUUUUAAUGUUCCUUAUAUAUUCAUUUAUUCUUCCAAAUCACAUAUGCUUUGUUGCUAUCAUUGGAAAAGAUGUGGUUUGUCAGCUGUGUACACUUGGAUUAAAAUUGAAAGUUUACGUCACAAACCUUUUAUCAGGAAUAAUAUUGUAAAUGUAUGCGAAAUUGUAUCACAUUUUGAAAAUAACAUUUUUGAGAGGCACUUUAUUUAAAUAUAUAUGAAAGGUUUUAUAUAUAUAUAUAUAUAUAUAUAUAUAUAUAUAUAUAUAUAUAUAUAUAUAUAAUACACAUGAAAUCUUAAAUUAAUACACAUACAUAUACUUCAUUGUACCAACAUUUUGUAAUUUUGAUUUUGUGUUACUGAUGUAAAGGGAUAACUUGCUAAAAAAAAUGCUGCAUUUUCUUUGUUUAAAGAAUUGUGUAUGAUAUGUAAGUAUUGUUUAGCAUGAUGUUUUGUGCUUUUUUAAAAAGAAAAAUUGGUAUUAGAUAUAUUCUUGUACAGUAUUUAUUGUCCAUGGAGUAAUAAUUGCUUAAGCUUUGAAAAGAAAUAUUCAAAUGGUUCUAUGAUACUGAAGGUGCACUAUUGAAUCUGAAUAACACAUCCUAAAUGGGAUCUCUGUUAUGUGAAAAGGGAAAUCCAUUUGCAUUACAUUACACCACUUCAAUAAACAUAUUUUCACUUACAUCAUUCUUGUCUGCAAGUUAUAAAUGUGCUGUGACAAAUAUAAUAAAUAUAAUGUUUUCCACAGUCA